AUGCCGCUCAGCUGGAGGCCGAUAUGGGCGCGCGUACGAGCGAAAGUGCACCAGAGUCCGACGCUGCUGUUUGGCGUGCCGUUUGUGUCGUCGAUUGUCGUGGGCAGUUUUUUCCUGGCGCAGCUCACGCAAACGCGGUACGAGCAGCACGAUGCCAAGGUGCGUGCGUUGACGCAGGAAGAAAAGCUGCGUCUCCAGCGCGAUAGGAAGCCUUUGGAUAUCCGCGAAGAGUACUUCAAGCUGCAGAGCCGGGCAGAUGAGCUGGAUGACUGGGAGCCGAAGCGCGUCGCGCGGCCUGUGGGCAUGCCGGAGUGGGGUGGCGUGCCGGCGCCGGCGCCAGAGGGCAGAGAGGCGGUGAGGGAAGACUUGGAUGCGCAUUCGCGUUCUUCGUUCUUUGCGCGCCGCAAGCCGAUCGAAGCGGAAGAGCGGCCUGCGUCCGAGCGAGAGACGGCGCCACCGCCACCCAAAGCGACACGCAAGCCGCCUGUCGUGCUGGGCCCCGAUGGCAAGCCGUGCCGCGCAUGUAGCUCCAAACUGGCUUUUGGCGCGGCGCUGCGAAACGUGACGAAGCGCUCGCCGUGUCCGCCAGAUGUGGAAGAGCUGGGGCAUUCGACGUGGACGUUCCUGCAUUCAGCCGCGGCCUACUACCCUGAUGCGCCCACGUCUGUGCAGCGGCACUCGAUGCGGGCGCUGCUGGAUGCUCUGCCGCACGUGUAUCCAUGCUCGGUGUGUGCCGAGGACCUGCGCCGUGUGUACGCUACGAGCCUCGCGAAUGAGGCACAGCGCGAGCGCGCCGUGCAGGAUGGACCCAGCCUACGCACAUGGCUAUGUGAAUUGCAUAACUCUGUGAACGAGCGGCUCGGCAAGCCGAUCUGGGACUGUAGUGAUGCGGCGCGUCUGGCGCAUCGGUGGUUCGAGCCGCCGGACGAUAGUGACUGUUGA